GCGCCGUAUGUCUGGCAGUAAAAAUAGGGCUGCGCGCGCAAUUGGUCACUUAAGAUAGCGGCCUGCCGUCUUAUUUAACCCAUAGUCAACGUACUGUUUUGUAACCCAAUCACCUGAACACUCCAGCAAUACAGCAUGGUGAACAUCCAGUGCCUCACCAGAGUGUUUUCAGCGUAUAGGCAGGGGAUUGUAUUAGCCUACCAGCGUCCACUAUGCAGGGGGACCUUACAAAUGCGAAUGAUGAGCAGUCUUCCUCAGCAGUUUGAUGAUGCCAAGAGUCGUUUAGGAUCACUAAAAGAAGAUCCAGGAAAUGAGACAAAGUUAAAGAUCUAUGCCUUGUUCAAGCAGGCAACAACAGGAAGUGUGACAACUAAGCGUCCAGGGAUGAUGGACUUUGUAGGCAGGGCUAAGUGGGAUGCCUGGAAUGCUCUGGGCAGUAUGACCCAGGAGGAGGCACAAAAGGCUUACAUACAGUUGGUGGAUUCACUAGUAGGUGCAGAGGAAAGCAAGGCAGCUAGUCAAGCUGAAUCAGGUCAAAAGUACAGCAACCUACUUGUGACGUGCCAAGAUGGCCUCAGGGUGAUCACACUCAACCGUCCCUCCAAGAUGAAUGCCAUCACCAGGGAGAUGUAUGAGGAGUGGAUAUUAGCUCUUAAAGAGGCAGCAGAUGAUCCUAACACAGUAAUCACAGCCAUCACUGGGGCUGGAAAUUACUAUUGCUCAGGAAAUGAUCUUUCUAAUUUUACUAAUAUCAACCCUGAGAAUAUGCAUGAGAUAUCAAAAGAAAGUGGAGCCCUCCUUAACAGAUUUGUGUCUGCUUUCAUUGACUUCCCUAAACCUCUGAUUGGUGUUAUCAAUGGUCCUGCUAUAGGAGUGAGUGUGACAGUGAUGGGAUUGUUUGAUGCAGUGUAUGCUACUGAUAAGUCUACUUUCAACACACCCUUUAGUGCCUUGGGACAGUCUCCAGAAGGCUGUUCAUCAUACACAUUUCCAAGGAUGAUGGGUCCAAGUAGAGCCAGUGAAAUGCUACUAUUCAACAAAAAGUUCACUGCUCAUGAAGCCAAAGAAGUGGGACUUGUCACUGAAGUGUUUCCGGAUGCAAGUUUCCAGCAAGAAGUGUGGCCUAAAUUACAAGCACUUGCAAAGCUGCCAUUUAAAUCUCUUGUGUACUCCAAGGCUCUGACAAGAGACAUGGAAAAGGACAUUCUUCAUCAGGUGAAUGAUGCUGAAUGUGACCGCCUGGUGGAACGCUGGACAUCUGAAGACUGUAUCAAUGCUAUCAUGAACUUCUUCAGUCGCAAGAAGUAGCACAUUCAUUAGUCAUGCUUGUGAUUCUGAAAUAUAUAUAUAUAUAUAUAUAUAUAUAUAUAUAUAUAUAUAUAUAUAUAUAUAUAUAUAUAUAUAUAUAUAUGACAUAGGGGAAUAUUGAUGCAAAUAAUAAGUAAAGAUUGGUGUGCAAUUUAAUUCCUAGUGUUAAAAACUACAGCUAUGAUGUCUACCAACAAGUAAUAACUCUAGACUGAUGACUAAUUAGCCUCAGUUUCAUAUUCCUCAUAUCAUUUGAGAACAAACAACUUAGAACCAGCAAAAUUUCUCAAUUUUUUUCUAAUUCUAAUUUGUAAAUAGUGGAGGCCAAAUUAUAGGCUAACUGGAUAAAUGGUGGGUAAUGUAAUUGUCUUUGGUGGUGAAGAAAACCCCCUGAACAUCCUUCAGACUGGGAAUGAUCUUAAACAAUCUAGAAAUCACACACAACUGUAGCUUUCAAUAAUAGGAAUUAGGGAGUGGUUACACUGGAUGUGAAGUAGGUUGAAAAAUCAUGCACAGAAAAAGUGAAAAUAUUUUUGAUAGUUUUUUUUAUGAAAGGUGCUUUACUCUCCUUAACACAUGAAGAGCAUAACAUUUUAUCAAUAAGUUUAUAGUAUUAGGCAAACAAUAAGCAAUGCAAUUAUGUUAAGUAGGAAGAUUAGAAGGUGUUCUUGUAGUUUUUUUAUGAAAGGUGCUUUACACUCCUUAACACAUGAAGAGCAUAACAUUUUAUCAAUAAGUUUAUAGUAUUAGGCAAACAAUAAGCAAUGCAAUUAUGUUAAGUAGGAAGAUUAGAAGGUGUUCUUGUGUAAAUAAUCAUGUUGCAUAUUCCUUUGGCAAAGCCUUAUUGAACAAUAUCUUGUUUAAACAAAGUCACAUUCUCUCUCUCUCUCUCUCUCUCUCUCUCUCUCUCUCUCUCUCUCUCUCUCUCUCUCUCUCUCUCUCUCUCUCUCUCUCUCUCUCUCUCUCUCUC